UAACGGAAUGAUUUUUUCCCGAAAGCAAUGCUUCGAAAGGAAGAAAGAGCAGUAAAACAUCGAGCCAAAACAACUUGAAUACGAUAGGGUGACAUCUGCUAUGCCAGAUUUCACGCAAACAAGAUGAUAUUUUAGUUUUCAACGGCCAUCCAAUGAAAGUCGCAAAUGACAGCAUAACGACGAUGAUCGAUUUAGCGGGAGAAUACCGACGAUCGAGCAAGGAAAAACAACAUGUACUGCAUUCACAGAACACGCUAGAGUUGUUCUGUUCACUUGUAUUCCUACAUUAKAGGGAUGUCAAGGGGAGGCCAUUGAUUGUGGCCUUUCUCCCGCAACUCACAUGGUCAACAAUGUCCGUGUGGUCUCAAGAACCCGUUGCGAUCAAGCUAAACCCGUGCGUAGCAAUCAUUGAAUAGUACCAUCGAUGUACUAGUCUAUUUGUUUUAACAUUGACUGCCCAAGAGUUAGUGUCUGGGAGAACACAAAAACGCACGGCGUUUCAUUCCUAGCAACACCGAAAAAUGAUGAUUUUCGACACAAUGCACGAAGGGCAUUGCRACGAAUGUAAAGGUCGCACUGGACGCAUUUGCGAGAGCGAUGCUGCGGAACCAAUUGGAUUUGUUGGAUUUGUUAUGACGACGACGGCUAGGAGCGACAGCUUUGAAACCUGCUAGUGCCAGGAUUGCCCGAGAUGGCCCUAUUUGCAACCGAACAUUUAGGAAAUUUCUGUGUUAGUAUUCGAGCUACAAACAACAAUAAACGAUGGGGAUCUGGCCGGGCUCCGCCGUGGGGUCUGGAGCAAAGCCCCAAAUAUUUGCGGCGAGGGAAAGAACUCUGCGGCCCCGUGUCUCAGCCUGUAGGCUUUACGACAGGCUUUUCCACCACCAUGCWUGCCGUCUUCUUAAUCGGAAAGUACCUGGGACUCUUUUGGAACGUAAAUAUUUCGUAGCAUAUCAUUUCAAAAGCGAAUACAGUAACAUUUUUGCGAAAAGUUUGGCUGCGUUUGUUGAAUACGUUUGGUAGACGUUUUCAGACAACAUUUCUCCUAUCAAAUCGAUAUCCUGCUUCUCUUGCACGACAACAAUUUCUAAUACCACAAUUCACAAAAUAGUUACUGGUUAACUAAACUAUUACAAACUACUGCGAUGGAACGGAAAGGAGGCGGUGGAUCGAAUGAUUGGAUAUGCAUGCUAAGUGGUCUUCCGUUCCGAUACAUUUCAAURGCUACUACAAGUAGUUGUUUGUCCCGUGUGCUUUGUUCAUUAUCCUCUCUUGACCGAUGMCGUCGAUGCGAUUUACAUGAUUCCCAACAACUCGACAUCAAAGUACAGGGUGGCUCCCCCGGGGAUGACACCCCCGGCUCCACGGUCUCCGUAUCCGAGUCUUGGGGGGAUAAUAAUCUGUCGACGCUCGCCGAUCUGCAUCUGCGAAAAAGUUUCGUCCCAUCCCCGAAUCACCUGUCCCUUUCCAACGGAAAAGGUGAAGGGUCGUCCCCGGUCUCUGGACGAAUCGAAUUUUCGGAUCGAAUCAAAGCCGUCCAACCAU